AUGUGCACAGGGAAGUGUGCCCGCUGUGUGGGGCUCUCCCUAAUACCUCUUUCCCUAGUCUGCAUCCUGGCCAAUGCCCUCCUGUUGGUGCCCAAUGGGAAGACCUGGAGCAGUGACCAACUCAGCUUGCAUGUCUUCCUCAUGGCUGGCUUCAUCGGCGGGGGAUUGAUGGUGCUGUGUCCGGGAAUCGCAGCGGUUCGGGCAGGGGGCAAGGGCUGCUGUGGAGCAGGCUGCUGCGGCAAUCGCUGCAGGAUGCUGCGUUCAGUAUUCUCUUCGGCUUUCGGAAUACUUGGUGCCAUCUAUUGCCUCUCGGUGUCAGGAGCCGGCCUCCAAAUUGGACCGAAAUGUUUAAUGAACGGCAAGUGGGACUACCACUUCCGAGAAAGCUCGGGCGCUUACUUGAGCAAUCGUACUCAAUGGAAUUUGUGCGAGGAGCCACCCAACGUGGUGCUCUGGAAUGUGACGCUCUUCUCCGUGCUGGUGGCUGCCUCUUGUCUGGAGAUCGUGCUGUGUGGCAUACAGCUGGUGAACGCUACUAUUGGUGUCAUUUGUGGCGAUUGCAGGAAAAAGGUGGUAGGACAGCGUGAGGGCUCAGCUCACUGA